AUGCCACAUCGGCCCUCGCCUUCUCGACGAAAAGAAAUUACUCGAUUGUCGAUCAACCUCGGUAGAUUACCCUUCGAAAUCAGUCCCCACAUCAUAGAGAUCAUCAAAGCUAAAAGGGAUACACCUACCCUCCUUUCGCUCAUCCGUACUUGUCGAAGACUCUACCAUAAUUGUGCGCCUACGCUGUACGAGGAUUUAGAUAUCGCCGACGACAAUUAUCGAAAGAUUCUGUUCGGCUUGGGACCAAACUUCGAUGGUCCACCUCUUCCACGUAAAGCGCCUGGACCCACCAACGACAAAGAUCCUUUUGCAAGAAAAUACAAUCUGCUCCGCUGUACUCAGUCACUCACAAUCGAAAAUGUUGAACCACUUGAAGCUAUCUUGGACAUCCGAUGUGAUUUUUGGGAUUUAGAACCGGAAGCUACCGAUCCGAGCAUGGAUAUUUUCACCGACCUAUACACUCUCAUCAUCGCUCCUAUGGUAAUCUACGACAUUGAAGAUGAUCCUAAAGAAUGGGAAGAGGUGUUCGAAGGUAUCUCCAAUAUCGGUCCCAUAUUCGGAAUCUGCUAUCAUACCGGUCCUUACCCUAGCGAUUGGUGGACCUCGAAAGUCAUCAAACAAGGCCUGAUAAACGUAUCUGGAAUGGAUCUGUCAAUGCAUGUUUACGAUCUGGACUUUGUAUGCGUGGAUAAGUACGAAAUGGAAAGAAUCCAAAUAUUCUUUUGUCCUCUAAGCAAGAUCGACGACAAGAAGUUGAGGAAGAAAUAUCCUGCGGAUCAGCGGUAUACUAUCCAGGAGUUCAUGGUUCGUCAUUUUGACAGAAGGAACGAGGACUUCAUUGGCGUCAACCCUAGAUUGAAGAAGAUCGAAUUUCACAAUGUUAUAUAUUGCGAUGAUCUUCAAGAAUCCAGAAAACAGCCCAAAAUAACUCAGUGGCUCACAAGGACUAAGGUAGAUGGACAAUUUACAGAAGUACCAUCAUCAAUUCCGGAUGCCACAUCACACGACAUUCAAGCUUCUUCGUCUUCAGAUGUGAUGAAAGGUAAACCUUCCUACAUGCCACCCUGGGUGAUCAGCUUGUUCGACGACGAGGAAGUGUUGACUCAAAUAGACCAGAUGGUGGAAUUUUGGCCGGCUCGAGAGAAUUGUUGUCGAAUCUGUUGUAGGAAUGGGUAUGGGGGAUUGCGAGACUGGAAACCAGAAGUGAGUCACCAAAUCGUCAUUGAAACCACCGGUGUGAACGUUAGUGAACAGAACUGA